GCAGCUCAAUGAGCCUCUACAGUGGGAAGUCUGAACUGGUUCGGUCGUAGGCGGGAAGUUACCGGUGGGCUGCCCUGUGCAGUCGCGAUGCUGCAGCGCGCUGCCCUAGCAGCCCGAGCCCCAUAGAAGCUUCCCGCAACGCUAGCUCCCUUCCUCACGCUGCUGGGAGUCCCGGGACCUGGUGGGGCCGGCAUGACCGACUUGCCCGGGGCCCGCCGCGCGCCCGGCCGCCUCCGGAGACGCGCUCGGAGCCUGGCUCCCACGGCCUCUGAGGCUCCGCGGGGCUGCGGCAGCUCGGCGGGCGGGCUACGAAGCAUUCCCACACGGCGUUAGCUUGCAGUUCGGCGCGAACGCGAAUAAGGGAUCCUCCUGAGAAGCCGAGGCCACUGACGAGUCAUUACGACCUGUAACUUGAGGGCCACGGAACUGCUACUCCCGUUUGCCUUUGGCGAUCGUCUUUAACCCUCCGAAGCACGUCAGCAUCCAGCCGCCGCGGCGCUCUCCCUGCAGAGGAGGACUCAGGACUACCCCUUGCGUGAGACGGAUGGAGACCGAGCCCCUCCGAGGACUUGCCCCAGCGGUUUUGGCUCGCGCGGCUCAAGUCACCACCGUGAACAAGGGUGGGACCCUAAAGAAUGGCCGAGCCUUGGGGGAACGAGUUGGCGUCCGCAGCUGCCAGGGGGGACCUAGAGCAACUUACUAGUUUGUUGCAAAAUAAUGUAAACGUCAAUGCACAAAAUGGAUUUGGAAGGACUGCGCUGCAGGUUAUGAAACUUGGAAAUCCCGAGAUUGCCAGGAGACUACUACUUAGAGGUGCUAAUCCCGAUUUGAAAGACCGAACUGGUUUCGCUGUCAUUCACGAUGCAGCCAGAGCAGGUUUCCUGGACACUUUACAGACUUUGCUGGAGUUUCAAGCUGAUGUUAACAUCGAGGAUAAUGAAGGGAACCUGCCCUUGCACUUGGCUGCCAAAGAAGGCCACCUCCCUGUGGUGGAGUUCCUUGUGAAGCACACGGCCACCAAAGUGGGGCAUCGGAACCAUAAGGGGGACACCGCCUGUGACUUGGCCAGGCUCUACCGGAGGAACGAGGUCGUUAGCCUGAUGGAGGGAAACCAGGCAGAGGGAGCUUCGAAUUUGCAAUGAAUAUGGGGAGGGCUCUCCCACAGUGCCUUCUAUUUUGUCAGUUAACUGGUUGGCUGUCCUAUUUUACUAUCACUUGUUAAAAUUCAGUUUUGUCAUACUUUAAGCAACUAGUUAAAUCUUCUCAAACUGCUAAGUGGAAAUCUUAUUACAGGUUUAUGAAUAUAUUUAAGCAACAUCUUUUUCACCUGCAAAAUCCUGAGUUCUAACAUGUAAUUGCAAAUAGCUUUGGUUUUCUCCUGAAUAUGUUAUCUUUCCUUGACUUUUUCCUUGCUUCUCCCUUUGCCAGUCUCAAAACCCAACUUAAGAGACUUUGUUUUUAAAAUGGUUUGUCCUGACUCUUCUUUUGCCUAAUUAAACACUUUUUCAAA